GUCAUCAAAUUCACAAUCGCGCUUCUCUCUUCCAUCCAUACUCAGUUAGUCUACCCAUUGCAUAGCAAUAACAACAGCACAAGACAAUGAAAGCAGGGCUGCUAGUCUCUCUGAUAGUAAACUUUCUGGUGGUUGCUUCUGCCGGCAGCUUCUACAAUGAUUUUUAUUUCAACUGGGGACAUGACCACGGUAAGGUAUACGACAAUGGCAAUGGUCUGAGCCUCAUUCUUGACAAAAAUUCUGGAUCAGGGUUUCAAUCCAAGAAAGAGUAUUUAUUUGGUAAGAUUGAUAUCCAGCUCAAGCUUGUCCAUGGCAAUUCGGCCGGCACUGUCACUACAUUUUAUCUAUCCUCUCUAGGGCCAUACCACGAUGAGAUAGACUUCGAAUUCUUGGGAAAUACAAGUGGUCAGCCAUACACUCUUCACACUAACGUGUUCAGCCAAGGCAAAGGUAACAGAGAGCAGCAAUUCUAUCUUUGGUUUGACCCCACUGCUGAUUUCCACACGUAUUCUAUCCUUUGGAAUCCACAACGCAUAAUUUUUUCAGUUGAUGGCAUUGCAAUUAGAGAAUUCAAGAACUUAGAAUCCAUUGGCGUUCCAUUCCCUAAGAACCAACCAAUGAGGAUUUACUCCAGUCUUUGGGAAGCUGAUGACUGGGCAACAUGUGGUGGAAGAGUUAAGACAGAUUGGACAAAAGCACCCUUCGUUGCUUCGUUUAGGAACUUCAACGUCAAUGCCUGUGCUUGGUCUUACGGAGCAUCUUCUUGUAAAUCAAAAUCUGGCUUUGCUGACUCCAUCAGCAACUCAUGGAUCUGGGAAGAGCUCGAUGUCGGACGCGAAGGCCAGAUGAAAUGGGUGCGGGACAAUUACAUGACCUAUGACUAUUGCAAAGAUUCCAAGCGAUUCCCACACGGCCUCCCUCGUGAGUGCUAUGUCACCAACUUUCCCUGAACCAACCCCGAGAUAAAGAACUGAUUGAUGAUGAAAAAUGAAAUACAUAUCCUAAUUUUCACUUAUAUUGUUCAAUUAUUAAUUUUCAUCGGUUUUGACAAUUCUGUUUUCCAUGUUUAUUUGAGUAUUUCCUUGUUCCUAGUGAUCAAAACAUAUGAUCACAUAAUUUUUUUUUUAUAUAUAUAAAUAACAUUAUUACAGUUUGA